CUCCCUUCUUCUUCUCCUUUUCCUUUGCCCUAUUUUGCUUGUUCCCUCUAAGCCUGGUGUUGACAUAAAUCAUCCAGUCCUAAAGCUAACUCUUGUGUAGAAGAAUCAGCUAGCAGCCGAUUUAGAGGCCCUUCCUCGCUUGGGUAUGAUCGGAUCGGCCUUUCCCAUGUUACUUCAACUCUCAGGCAUAUUACCCUUGCAUUUUUUUUUCUUUGGAAUGCAAUGAAAGCCGGUCAACGGAUCGCAGAGUAUGCGGAUCAACCACUCCUGGCUUAUAAAACGUCAGUCACCCAGGACGCCACCAAUCCAAAGCCUACCCUCUUUACCAAGUUAUUCCAUGUGGGCUCGGAUCAACUAUCGGACAUAGACCAUGGAAGUGAAGCACAGGAGUAUAUAGUUGGUGGUAAUGACAAUACAGCCAUUACACUAACAUACCUCGUGUGGGAGGUUUGCCGAGAUGCAAAGGUCAAAAGUGGAUUGCUACUAGAGUUAAACACACUUCCGGAAAGUUUCGGUGACGAUGACCUCAAGAAACUACCAUUCUUGAACAAUGUCGUACGGGAUACCCUGCAUUUAUAUGCUACAAAUCCGUCCAGCAGGCCUCGAAUCCCCCAGCUCCUGGGGCGAAUCUCUGUGGAUACUGGAUUCCGAGUGGUGUGACGGUACCUACGCAGGCUUAUAGUCUCCAUCGAGUUCCUCAUAUAUUUC